GGAACUCAGCAGCCACUCGAAUGUUUUAUCAAUUAAGUUGUCAAGAUGAUGCAACAAUAUAUGAAAGAAUUAGAACAGGAGCCAUUUGAUCCUGAAGAAUUUGUUGAAAGGUUAGCUUGGAGAACAGUUAACGAUACCACUAAAGAUGGAGUUUCAGGUGUGUUUGAUCCAGUUCUGGUUCAUGAAACAUUUUUACAAGCAAUAAAAGAUUUGCAAGUGUUGGAGGAAAGGCAACAAAAAAAGUGUGAUAAAUUGGAAACUGCACUGAAGGAGGAAAAAGCAAAGCAUGCAUUAGAAAUGUCUGAUCUACGAGAGAGAAAUAGAAAAGCAAUAGAUUUAUUUCAUCAAUUAGAUGAAAGAAUAAAUUUUGUAGCGAUAAAAGUUCUCCAUUUGGGAGAUCAAUUAGAAAGUGUAAAUACUCCCAGAGCUCGAACUGUUGAAGCACAAAAAUUGAUGAGACAUUUUUCAGAAUUUUUGAGUCCUGGUCCAUUGACUGAUCCAAUUUUUACAGAAAAGGCAUCAUUGGAUGAAGCAGCAGAUGUUAUUCAAAAACUUCAUGUGAUUUCACAAGAACUUCCUACAGAAAAAUUUGAGAAUGCAAAGAAAAAAAUAGCUACCAAAUAUGAUGAAAUUGAAAGAAAUUUAAUCGAGGAGUUUGUAAGAGCUCAAAGUGCAGAAGAUGCUACUAGAAUGAAAAAAUUGGCUUCGAUGUUGAUGCACUUCAAGGGAUACUCACAAUGUAUAAAUGCAUUCAUUGAACAAAGUCAGAUGAGCUCAUUUGGUGGAAAAGAUGUUUUUCAAGAAGUCUUACCAAUGUGUACCAAAAACUAUAAACUUAUACAACAAGUGUUUUCUAAUCCAGAACAAGUUAUGGCAAAAUUUGUUCUAAAUAUCUAUCAUUUGAGAAUACAGAAAUAUGCUGUAGCAAAAUUGGCAGAUCGAGCAGAUCCAGAAAAGUAUCUCAACAAUUUAUAUGAUCUGUAUUCGAAAACCGUCAAACUUUCUGGUGACUUAAAAAGUUUUGAUAUGGGCACUGAUGAUACAUACUUGCCAAAGUUAACAAGAAAUAUUUUUCAAAAACAUUUAGAUGCUUAUAUUACCGUGGAAAUAAAGGCGUUGCGAGAAAAAUCAGCAGCUUUCUUAAUUCAGUACUAUGAGUCAAAGAAUCACCAAAAGAAGCAACUGCAGAGUGGAGGCUUUCAAGAGUUGAAGCGUGACUUGCAAGCGGUUUUAAGCACGCGCACUAACAUCAACAUUGCUCAGAUUGAAGACUAUGGUGGCGAGACAUUUUUAUCCGAAGAGUUAGCGAUAUCUUUGUUGCAAAGAAGUAAGACAGCGCUUCAAAGGUGUUCCUUACUUUCACAACCCUCGGAGUUGCCUAUGAAUGCUACCCAAAUUCUCGAAACGACUCUCCAGUAUCUUAUAAACGAGCACAUCGAUUACGCACUUGAACUUGGCCUGCAAUGCGUACCUAUACCCGAAAGUAGGACUCAACCCGAGAUACACUUCUUUACUAUCGUAAGACAAUGCAAUGUUAUUAUAAGACUGUUGGAAGAACAAUUCUGUGGAGAUCUACUGCCGCUAAUUAUAUCGUCGCCUAAGCAUGCAGACUGUCUAGCAAAGAAAAAGUUUGCUCUGGAGCAAAUAGAAUCGAAAAUUGAUACUGGCUUGGACCGUAGCAUAAAUGCGAUUGUCGGCUGGGUAAAAGUCUACUUGCAAACAGAGCAACGUAAGACCGAUUUCAAACCGGAAACGGAGAUGGUAGAUACUCUAAAUACACCGGCGUGUCUGACUGUCUGCCAAUAUGUCUCUGGAAUGAUCCGUCACAUUAGGGAUCGACUCGACGGCAAAGGCCUUGAAAACGUGCUAACCGAGUUGGGCAUUCGCUUCCAUCGGGUCAUCUACGAGCAUCUGCAGCAGUUUCAAUUCAACUCAGCCGGCGCGAUGUGCGCGAUCUGCGACAUGAAUGAGUACAGGAAGUGCGUCAAGGAGCUUGGCGUACCUCUGGUCACUACCCUUUUCGACACGCUUCACGCACUGUGUAAUCUGCUGCUCGUCAAACCGGAGAACCUCAAGCAAGUUUGCUCUGGCGAUCAGCUGGCAAUGCUGGAUCGUUCCAUACUUUCAACUUUCAUACAACUUAGGACAGAUUAUAAGACACAAAAAUUAGCGAACUCGUUGAAAGGAUUAGCAACGUAGGUGUUAAUAAUUUAUUGAGCUUUGAGGAGAAAAUGCGGUGAUUCAUAUAUCAAUAGAAAAGGAAACGUGUUUUUAGCAAAGAAUAGUAUUUAUUUUUAGAGUUGGUAAUUCAGUAUAUAUAAUAGCCACGCAAUAUAUAUCUUCUACAUAGAUAUAAGCAAUAACAAUGAUUCUACGUAACAGACGAUCAUUUUUGUUAAUACUUUUCCAAAUAUAAAAAUCUAAAUUCAUUCAAGACGUGGCAAAACAAAAACAUGUUUCAUAAAAUUUAGAAUCCAAUUCUGGAUUAUUAAAGUAUGAAAGUCUUGGCAUUCCAUUUACUUGCGCCUUUGCUGCAAAUUCAAGACUUAUAUUUCGUGAUUCG